UUCAGCGGCCAGGAGUUUGUUGUUGUCUGUGUCUGUGUCAUCCGGAGCUGCUCCGCAGCCUUCGCGACUCUGUUGGAAAUUCAAAAUUAGCCACACACACUGGUUCAGAAAUGUCUUUUUCGAGAGCCCCGUUGAAGAGGUUCAACGAGAACGUGGGUUGCGCCCCUGCACCAGGGUCCUAUGAGGUCAAACCUGGGGAACUGAAGGGAGCUGCGUCCUUCGACAAAUCCGAUCGAUUCAGGCCUGUUAAAGCAGCGGCUCCUGCGGCCCUUCCUCCGCCACCGUCCCCUUCUAGAAGUGUGUUCGUGUCUCCCAUCCGGAGGACCAUGUCCGUGGACGGUCUUGUCGAAGGAUCUAAUGUGAAGAAGGACAAGAAUGGUAUGACGGUGGAAAGGAAGCAGCAGAAACUCUUGGAGAAAGAGAUCCGCUCCUUGGUGCACCAGCGAGGGGAGCAGGAUCGCCGGUUGCUUGCCCUGGAAGAGGAGUUGAAGAAGGUGGAGUCCAAGCUGCUGGCUGCAGUCAGGGAGAAGACGGGCCUGGCUGCCAAUGUAACCACACUUGAAAGACAGCGAGCUGAACUCAAGAAAGUCAAUGAGUUCCUAAAAAACAAGGUUUCUGCUGAUACUACGAAAAAGAAAAUCAAUUCUCUCUCAAUGGAGUUGAUGGAGGCUAGGAACAACUUGGAUGCUAAAAAUAAGGAGCUGAGUGUCCUGCAGAUUAACACCGAAGGCCAACUGAAGGUGUUAGAAACUGACCUCCAAGCUGCCAAGGCUACUGUCACUACUCUAAAGGACAGGAAUAAAGACUUGGAGGACCUUCAUCAAGUGACUAAGACCCAGAAUGAAGACUUGGAGAAUGAAAAUGCUAGAUUACAUGCUGUGAUACGAGAGCUGCGGGAGGAGGUCCAAGCUUUGCAGGGAUACCUGGACUCUGCAAAUGACCAGAUCCAGGAUCUCCGAUUGAAGAUCCAAGAGAAAACACAAGAGACUACUACAGCUGGUUCUCAAGCUGAGAAACUACACCAAGUAGAGACUGAACUUGAGCAACGCACUACAGAGCUAGAAACCACUAAAGAUGUGCUGAGACAAAAAGAGGAGGAGGCCCACGAAUGUCAGCAAGAGCUGCAGACAGCAAAGGAGGCUUUAUUUGAAGUGGAAAAGACGCUGGAGAAACAAGAGCAGGAGUUUAAGUCUUCUCAAAAAGCUUUGUGUCACAUGGAGGAGCGAAUAAAGUUGGCCCAUCAAGAAGUUCAAGACUCGCAAGCGACAGUUCGCCAGCAGGAGGUAGAACUUGUUCGACUGAGGGAGGUGCUCAGGAGAACAGAGUGGGAGCUGGAUGAGAGAGUGGCACACCUUGAACAGAGGUGUCUGUUUUCAGAGGAAGAGAGAAGCAAGACUCAGGAGGAAGGGCUGAGGAGAGUGGAGGAGUUGAAGAUGGAGCUGAACUUGCUGAAGGAGGCUAAGAAAGACGAGCAAGAGAGACGGAUUGAGCUCGAGCAGGAACUUGCUGCUCUUAAUGAGGAAUUGACAAAAGAAAAGGCACUCGUGGAUUCUCUGUCUGUGCUGGUGGAGCAGGAGAGGGAGGAGUCUGAGGAACGGUCAAGACAGCUGAAGGAGGAGAUGGAGGAGGUGCUGGGGGAGCUUGCUGUCAUGGAGGAUCAGGAGCAGAGGAGGAUGGAGGUGGCGGAGAAGAGUCAGGGGGAAAUCCAGACGCUGCAAAAGGAAAAUGAGGAACUGGAAACACAGCUUUGCAAUACAAGGACUCUUUUGGAGGGUAAGAGCAACGAUGUGGCAGCAAUGAAAGAGAAACAUCUAGCUGUCACCAGAGAGCUCCAAGAGGCAUACACCAGCUCUCUGAGCAAGAUGGGAGAUAUUGUCACAGAGCUGGAAAGCACCAAAGAGGCUCUAAAGGAAGCGAAGGGGAGACAGAGAGAACUGGAGGAGGAGAUGGAGAGAGUGACCUGUAGAAUGAAGGAGGAGAUGGAGAAAAUGGCUGACCAGAAAGAGGAGGAGAUCAGGAGGGUGAAGGAGGGGUUUGAAGAGAACCAGACGAGACAUUUAGCUGAAGUGAAAGCCAGGGAGGAGAAUUCAAGUAUGUUGCUGGAGGUGCAGACUUGUCUUGCUCAAAAAGACGAGGAGUUGAAGGCCACGGAGGCGAGCUACGCGGCUCAAAUCGGUCAGUUACAGCGCGAGCUGCAUCUGCAAACAAAGGAGAAGGAAGAGGCGCUGGGCCAACUGGAGGAACAGAGAGGGCAUAUUAUUACCGGACUUCAAAGUGAGAAGGAAAAAGCCCAAAAGCUGGUGAAGGAGGUCCGCCAGGAAAAGGAGCAAAUAAUUCAACAGCUCCAACAAGAAAGAGAGGAGAAAGUUAAAAUUCAGACAGCUCUUCAGGAGGGGCGAGAAGCAUUGGAGGUUGAAAGGAAAGAUCACCAGCAGGUUAGGUCAGAGGUGCUCAGACUACAGGCCACGCUUGAGAGCAUAGACAAGGAACGGAAGAGUCUGCUGUCUCAGGUAGAGCUCAAAGACCAGUCGAGAUGUGCUCUUGAAAAUCAACUAAGCACUGCCGAGCAGGACAGAGGUCAGCUUCAGUCUCGCCUGGAUGUGGUUGAACAAGAAAGUGUGAGCCUCCAGGCCCAACUAGAGCUUAUGAAGGAGAAGAUGCGGGGUCUGCAGCUCGAGAUGGAAGGACAUCGCCAAGACGGACAAGCUCUGAGGGAUCAGGUGAAAGUACUGACUCAGGAGAAGGUCACGCUGCAGUGGGAGAUGGAAGAGCAGCGGCAGGAGCUCCAAGGACAAAUAACCGAAGCACAGGAGAAGAGCUCCCAAAGUUCACAGGCUGAUCACUGGAAGCAACAAUAUGAAGAGCUGUUUGCAAAAGUCAGGCCCUUCCAGGAGCAGCUCAAUGCGUUUGCAGCAGAGCGAAAUGCACUAGUUAAUGAGAACGGAGCAAACCAGGAGGAAUUAAACAAAUUGGCCGACGCUUACGCUCGCCUCCUGGGGCACCAGAACCAGAAGCAGAAGAUCAAACACGUGAUGAAGCUGAAAGAUGAGAACAUCUCUCUAAAACAGGAGGUGUCAAAGCUUCGUUUCCAGGUGAGCAAGCAGAAGAGUGAUCUGGAGCAGCUGAAGUCAAAGCUCCCCGGUGCUCCUCGCCGAAGGUUUGAUCCCAGCAAAGCCUUCCAGCACGACAAGGAGAACAGGCCGACUGAAACAACUGAACCUCUUAAAGAAGGAAACCAAUAUGAGUAGUGGAGCGCUCCUAGCGGACGGGACAGACAGCUAAUGGGUGGGCAUAUACACCUAUGAUUUUAUCCAUAAUUUAUAAAUAUAGCCAGUAGCCCACAUAUUAACGGUUUACAGGCUUUUAUGUCAAAUUGUUUUAUAGAUGGUAUGAGGAUAUAAUUGUGUGCUGUUAGGAUUUUACCUUUUGUUUUUGUUUUUUUGUUUUUUAAAGAAAUGUUAGCAUGUCGUGUGUGUGAAUAAUGAAUACAGCACCGUUUGUGUUUUGGUUUUUAAAUGAGGAAGUUGGUGAAUUUCAGUGUAGCUUGCUUUUAGUCAGAAAAGCACUAAUCGGCAUUAAAAAAUAUACAUAAAAUGUGCCAAAAUUUGAAUUUUAUUCUUGUAACCUCCUUAGCAAUGCUUAGGUUAGCGGGACUUGUAAUACUGCCUUGUGGGAUAGCUCUAUACAAAUUUAAUCUUUUGUAAAUAAAGACAGCCUUUAAUACUCUUCAUAAA